GAUUUUUAAAAUGUGAAAAUAAAUAAAGAAAUAAAGAAAUAAAAGAUUUCCAAUUUUUUUUGUGCUUUCGCUUUUAUUUUCCGCUUCGAGUUUUUCGGGGAAAAGCUUUUGUUGCUUUGUGCUUAAUGGAGGGACCUUAAGCUCGCUCUCUCUGCUUUUCUCGCUCUGCGUUUCGUGCAAUUCUUGUGAAGUUCAAAGCGCAAAUCGAUCUUCGGUUCUUUCUCUGGUUCAUUCGCUAAGCCUUUUCAGGUAAGCUUUGUUUUUUAGCUUGUUUUGUUUGAAACGCGAGUUUGAUUUUGACUUUCCGUUUGGUUCCUGAGAAAGCUGAAGAAAGAAAAGAGAAAGAAAUUUGAUUUUUUAGCAUCCUGUGUGUGGUUCAGCUGCGAAAUUAUACUUUCUGAGCUGGCAGAUGAUUGAAAAGUCACAAUUGAAGAGGGAAUUCUGAAAAUUUUGAAGUCUGAUGUCUCCACCACUAUUGGGUGUGGAGGAGGAAGGGCAGAGCAAUGCCUCUUUAGUGGCUUCUUCAGGCUCUAUGGAUUGUCUCUCACAGAGUGGCUCAGGAUUAAAGGAACGUAAUUAUCUGGGAUUAUCAGAUUGUUCUUCAGUGGACAGCUCCACAAUUACUAGCUUGUCCAAGGAGAAUAAGAACAAUCUGAAUCUGAGAGCCACCGAGUUGAGGCUUGGUCUUCCUGGAUCACAAUCUCCUGAAAGAGAGCCAGACCUUUCUUUGCUGAAAUCAGGAAAACUUGAUGAGAAGCUGCUGUUUCCCUUGCUUCCUUCAAAGGAUGGAAUUUGUGCAUCAUCUCAAAAAACUGUUGUUUCAGGCAACAAAAGAGGGUUCUCUGACACCAUGAAUGGGUUCCCUGAGAUGAAAAGUUCUGGUUACACUGAAGGAAAUUGGAUAUUUCAUGCAUCUGGGUCCGAAUCUGAAUCUCCACAAUCUGUAGGACAAGGAAAGUUUCCUGCAAAUUCCACAAUAAAUGUAAUGCUAUCAUCCAGGUCUUCUGGGGCACAGCCAGCAGCUGUAAACAAAGAGGCGCCACCAAAGGCAUCGCAGGAGCGUCCUCGUGCUACCAAUGGAAGUAAUCAUAACCAGAUCACGACUAAUAACAGUAGCAGUGCACCUGCUGCCAAGGCACAGGUUGUUGGUUGGCCCCCAAUAAGAUCAUUUAGGAAGAAUACACUGGCGACCACUUCAAAGAAUAAUGAUGAACUUGAUGGGAAACCGGGUCCUGGUGCUCUUUUUAUCAAAGUCAGCAUGGAUGGUGCUCCUUACCUCAGGAAGGUAGACCUGAGAACAUACUCAACAUAUCAGGAGCUCUCUUCUGCACUUGAGAAGAUGUUCAGCUGUUUUACAAUAGGCCAAUGUGGAUCCCAUGGAACUCCAGGAAGAGAAAUGCUAAGUGAGAGCAAAUUGAGGGAUCUUCUACAUGGAUCAGAGUAUGUGCUUACUUAUGAGGAUAAGGAUGGUGAUUGGAUGCUUGUGGGAGAUGUUCCAUGGGAGUUGUUUAUCAAUUCAUGCAAGAGACUUAAGAUUAUGAAGAGUUCUGAUGCCAUUGGCUUAGCUCCCAGGGUGAUGGAGAAAUCCAAAAAUCGAAACUAGGUGGUGCUGGGGGCCUUCCUGAGUAGUAGGAAAGCGGAGAAAGUUGCAAUAGAGGAAGGAGCAAAGUGACAGGAUGGCUCAGCUGAACAGCUGAUCAUGGUUAGCUGCUUUUCUUUGUCUUACCUAUGUUUGGAUUUGCAAGGAGAAGUCCACAGUGGUAUGUGUGUGUCUUAAGUUUACAACAUAGAACCUGAUUAAAGUUUUAUUAAGAAAAUUAGUGUUUGGUGAGUCAAUAUUUCUUUAUAGGAACCUUUAGUUGUUAACAUGCUUUGUAUUUGAUGAAUGUGUGUUUGAUCAAAAACCAGUUGGAAAUGAUGUUUCAACCACUACUUUAUGGACUGCUAUGUGAUGUGAUGGAUUAUGUUAUUAUUUCUUACUUGAAAUGUAUCUGCAAGUGUUCAUACUUCA